AUGAACCACCUCCCCGUUGAGCUCACCUCGCUGAUAAUGGAGCACGUUGACGACCUCUCCACCCUCGACACACUUGUCCGUGCAAACGACGUAGCCAAAAGCUUCUACUCGCAGUCGCCCAAAAAGUAUUUCUACUCCGUCUUGGCCAACAAGAUAGGGGAACGACACAUGGGUGUCAUCUUCGCCCACGAACGACUACAACUACAGCGCGGAGGCUUUGACGGAGAGAAAGAGUCAGACGACGGGUACCACGCGCGGUUGUGGGACUGCAUCGACCGCCACGUUAACCAAAGCACAAUGGAGUCGAAGGUUUCCUGGCGGCGCGAGUAUCUUCAGUCCAGCGUAGACGACGCCCGCGAAACCAAGGGGAGGGUCGAGUUGUGCGAGAGCAUUAUUUCAGGUGUACAGGCUCAGUUGGAGAGUUUGUCCAGGCCGCGACUCUCCGCGGAAGCCAGACAAGACAUGCUCGUUGUGCUCCUCGAAAUUCUUCUGCUUACGAGGGUUCUUGAUUCCUCCCUGGGGUCUGCCAAACAGUUCACGUGCGGUUCUUUCGGGCCGUACUCGGGACUUUUCCACAGGAAAGAGGUUGAGGAUAUCGGCGAGGCGUACGGCUGGGGUUACGGCGGUGCUUUAGACCUCCUUUUCCGCAAGUUUGGCAUAUCGUCUCUCUCCAAAACCAUCCUCAUCCAAGCCAUAUCUCAAGUAGUGUCAGCUACGAGCUCCACCUCCACCAUGCUCUACACAAUCAUCGUCGCCGCCCUCAUGGGCCAAGCCAACGCAGCCCUCCAGCGCGUCACAGACUUCGGCUCCAACCCGACCGGCCUGACGAUGGAGAUCUCAGUUCCGGCGAACCUAUCCCCCUCUCCAGCCAUCGUCCUCGCCCUACACGGCUGCGGCGGCUCAGGCCAAGCCUACUCCCGCCAGGCCCAGUACAUUCCCCUCUCCGACCAGAAGGGCACCUUCGUCGUCAUCUACCCGUCCUCGACCAAGGACUUCAACUGCUGGGACGUCGCCUCGACGCGCAGCCUCACCCGCGAGGGCGGCGGCGACUCCACGGGCCUCGCCAACAUGAUCCGCUACACCGUCGACCGGUACGGCGCCGACCCGGCGCGCGUGUUCGUCACGGGGAGCUCUUCGGGGUGCAUGAUGACCAACGUACUCUCCGCGACGUACCCCGAUCUCUUCGCAGCUGCCUCGUGCUACUCCGGGGUCGCGGCGGGAUGUCUUGCCGGAUCACCCGGAUCGAGCCCCAUCAGCGCCGACCCGAAGUGCGCCAAUGGACAAGUCAUCAAGACGGGCGCUGAAUGGGCUGCGCAAGUGCGCGCCAUGUAUCCUGGGUACAACGGUAGCUACCCGCGAAUGCAGACUUUCCACGGCACGGCGGAUACCUUGGUGACGUAUCCCAAUCUGGGUGAGCAGCUGAAGGAAUGGUCGACGAUUCACGGCGUCAGCUUCACGAAGAACAACACCAACACACCUCUAAGCGGAUAUACGCAGAUUGUCUAUGGCGAUGGCACCAAGCUGGUGGGAAUCUCUGCACAGGGAGUCGGGCAUACCGUGCCGGUCCUUCCAGACCAGGAUCUCAAGUGGUUCGGGCUGUAA